AUUUGUACUAGGCUGUUCUUUUGCCUUGGAGCCAUCUUAAUUGAAAUUUAUAGACAUAUGCUUCCUUAAAAUAAGUAAUAAAAGGGAGGAGGAAAUGAAAAUAUAAUCUCUCGAAAAGGGAUUAUUUGCCAGAGAGGUGAAGUAUGAAGCUGUCUAGGGUUUUAUUCUUUCCUAAGAGGUUACCAGUAGAUUAUUCAAACUUUCCAAAACGUUAUGUUGAGCGAGAAAUGGAACAAAUUGAAUUUAAGACAGAAAAGGCUCCUCAGUUUCAGGACAGAGUUAUCAAAAGAGAAUAUUUUAAAUAUGGUAUGGAUAGACCUUGGACACAUGAAUUUAAGCAAGAAAACAUGCCAGGAAAGCGUUUAAAGUGGGAUCUUGUUGAACCAAUUAAAGAAUGGUCGAUAUAUAGAGGAGAUAAAGUUGAAAUUUUGGUUGGAAAAGACAAAGGAAAGCAAGGAAUUGUUAAUUACAUUGUUGUGGAAAGAAACUGGGUUACUGUUGAAGGACUUAAUUGUGGUUAUAGGCACAUUGGUGGUGUGCAUGGAAUGCCUAAAUCCCUUGUUAAAGAAGAGAAACCUUUGUUGGUAACUCGUGAAGUUGCUCUUGUUGAUCCAUCUGAUAACAAACCAACUAAAAUUGUAUGGAGGUUUACUGAUGAUGGUGAAGAAGUUCGAGUAUCUGUAAGAACUGGUAGAAUUAUUCCAGUGCCUGAAAUGGCUCAAGAAACUUAUGAUUAUAAGAGUAAAAAAUUUUAUCAAGAACAACCUAAAGAUACACCAGCAAAAGCAGUUGAAGAAAUUACAUUUAAACCUAAGCUAAUGACAUUUGAACAAGAAAUAAUGCAGCAAAUGGGAAUUAAAGAAGACAGAGUGCCUAUCAAAACAUAUUGGUAUUAAGUGUAUUGUUAGAGUUUCAUUUCAACUGUGUAUAUUUUUAGCUCAUUGAAUCGUUUUUUGUUAAGUAAAUAAAGAAUCUUAGCUAAAA